AUGAUUGAAGAUGGAGAUAAGAGGCUUCUUAAAGUUGUGUUCAUCUUGGUCACCUACUUUGCUUGUUCCCUUGCCAUGGCUACUAAUCAUGGUUGUGGUCGUGGAUCGAGAUUUUGCAAAGAAGCAAUGAGAACGAAUGUGACAGAAGAAGCUUCAAGAGAUGAGUUUGGGAACUACAAGGAGAAGAAGGUGAAUUUUUCGUUGGGUCGUAAGUUAGCUUCUGGUCCAAGUCGUAGAGGCUGCGGCCACUAAGUUUUUAGUUGGGAUAAUAAAUAUUUAUGUUAUUGUCUAAUUUAUGUUUCGUGGCGUCGUUUAAAUAUAGUAUGGGUGUUCUGGGUAUUCUAGUGUGUUCUUAUAAACUAAUGAAAGGAUUGGAGUUGUUAUAUGAAUUUCUUUUCAUUUUUAAAAAUAUGUUAGAUUAUUGGAAGAAUUUACCCCAUUUUUAUAUCACAAUUCGUGUAUUGCGCGAGAGCAAGAUGCUCUAUGUUUUCAUUUGC